UAAACCUUAUUGAUAGGAAAUGUAGCCGCAAUUGCGGUUUUUUCCCAAACGGAAACGAGCCGCAUGUAACGUCGUUGUAAACGAUUAGAAAAUCAAAAUUUAGUGUAAACAUUUGGUGUUGCGGAGGCACGCGGGUUAGUGAGUUUAAAGAAAGGGGUAGGUAAUAUUGCUUGAUCGCGUUCGAGCAAGAAAUGUGCGUUUUGAAGGAAAAUUGCAUGACACUGGGAAUGGCGUGAUACUAAAUGUUAAAACUUCUCUUAACUAUGGUAUAUCUUAAGGGAUGUAGGAGUAUAUUGAUUUCUUAUGACAUCACCAGGUUGCUAGGGUACUUGGCGCCGGCGCCUUUAUUUGCCAAGGAUCGACCCCUGGGCCACCCUUCGUAACGGUGUCGUCCGGUCGCCCAACCCGAUGAUACGCAGUGUGAAAAUGUGUUAAUCUUAAAACGGGAAAGCCCGUAAAAUUAAGGUAAAUAUACCGUCGAAAUGGGCACGGUGCUGAGUUUUUCUCCGCGCGAACGCCGUCCGGUGUAUACGAGCACAUCAACUACCGAUUUCACCCUAAAUAAUUUCUCAUACGAACAGCUAAACAAUGUGAAAAAUCGCGAAAACAAAUCCAACACUAACUUGACGAACUCAAAUUCGAACCACAACCUCCAUAAUAACAACUGUAACAACAUUAAUAACAACGAUAACGCGAGAAUAAUCUCGGAGAAAAAUGCGCUCGAGAAGAACCUCAAAAAACAUUCGCUGUUUAUUAACGCGUUAUCGUGGAAGAGAUUUUCGACUACCAAUAACAACAAGAAGAAACUAGACAACAAGAACAAAAAUGUUACUGUGUUCCGGCAGCCCUUAGUAGACAACAUUCAUCCAGUUGUCGAUAAGAACAAAAAUAUACAGCAAAACAAACAGGGCUCCUAUUACUCCAACUCGAAGAGUAUAGGUACCUCAGCGCUGGCUUUGGAUAUCGUCCGAGUGAAUAAUGUUAACAACAACUCAAAUCAUCACAUAAAUUGCGACAAAAUCAGUAAUAAGCAAACCUUACUGUCACACAACUCUGUGAAUAGUCAAAAUCAGGUAGUCCCCACAUCGGUACCCAAGAAAACCGUCAUUCAAGCUUCUACGUCCGAACUACUCAAAUGUUUGGGAAUCUAUCUGCAUUCGAAAUGUUACAGACUGCGAGAUUUUCAAGCGGGAGAUGCUGUGAUGUGGCUCAGAACUGUUGACAGAAGCCUUCUCUUACAAGGAUGGCAGGACGUGGCUUUUAUAAAUCCGGCAAAUGUUGUCUUCGUGUACAUGUUGGUGCGGGAUUUAGUGGAAGAGAGCGUCGAAUGUGAGCAAGAUCUUCAAGCGGUCGUUUUAACUUGCCUCUAUUUGUCUUAUUCGUAUAUGGGUAACGAAAUAUCGUAUCCGCUGAAACCGUUCCUCGUCGAGGACUCCAAAGAGAAGUUUUGGGACCGGUGUUUAGACAUAGUGAACAGACUCUCUUCAAAUAUGCUACGCAUCAACGCCGAGCCUGGUUAUUUCACCGAGAUUUUUACGGAACUUAAAGCGUGCGGUAUAACGAACUCUAUUAGCAACAAUAUGGCCACUAUGGCAUGUCAAACAGUACCUGUCGUAUCUUGUAACACCGGAACAACGGCCGCUUGACGAAAAGAAAUAACCGUAGUUAAACUUACUUUAGCCGAAACUCCGACGGUAGUACCUUGUCAAGUUUAAGGUGGGUUUUAUCUUAACACAGAUAAACGAGCGCAGAUAUUCGAUAAUACAGGGUGAUUUCGAUUCAAUUCAAAUUACUUUGUAUUAUCGUAUAGGAAUAUACUUUAAAAGAACUGUGUUCAUUUAGGAGUGCUUUAUAGCUGAGUAUUUGCGAGUGUGUGUUUCAUUUUCAUAUUUCCACUUCCGAAAACGUAGAACUGUAAAAAGGGUGUGAAUUGUGGGUAGGAAAUUUAGUGGUAAAGUUGUUGAUGCCGCAUUUUUAGUAAAAAAAGAAAUGGUUGUAAAAUUUUGAUAAAAAUUUUAUGGCGGGAAACAUAUAGGUAUAAUUUUUGUGAAAUUUUCUGUUAAUUAUUAUUAUAGGUGAGCCGGGGGUGUGCAAUUUAGUAAAUAUACUUCUGUAGGUACCAGGAAUAGUAAUAGGUACUUACUCGAUUACUUAGAUACUGUAGCUGAUAGCAAAAAAAUUAGCCCCAAUGACUUGUAUGUUGGGGGUACAAAUUUUUACGUUUGGUGAUAUUUUCUAGACGGUACUUAAGUGAUCAUUUUUUGUCGGCAUGGCGUUAUAAAAAUUCAUUAAGGGUUGGUCUUUCAUGUUACAAUUAAAUUUAUCUGAUAAAUGUCUGCUAUAGAGUUUGACUGGCAAUAUGAAAGGCUAGUCAUUAAUAUUCAAAGGAGUGUGAGUAGUAAUAAUUAUUUCGUAUGUAAGGGCGAGUGAUUUUAGUUGUUUAGGAUAAAUGUUGAUUUGUGCUUAUUUGUUGUUAUGUUGAAAAGAAAAGACUGGCUUGUUUUCAUUGUAUAAUUGUUACGAAUAUGUUUAGAUGUUGUUUUUGUCAUUGGUAAAUAUUUUUGUAAACGUUGUGUUAACUCAACAAGGUGCCCCUGUAUUAAACUAAGAAGUUCUUAUUUACUCAAAUUGGUACGUGAUUGAUAUUGUGAAAAUGAACUUGUUCGACUGGUUAUUGUUGGUAUAAUUACAUGUAAGAAUAAAAUUAUACUUUUUCUUUUAUUCUAAAUUAAAAAUACCUACUAUAAGUGCGUGUAGGUACCGAGGUAGGUACCUUAUACCUAAAGGGUAUAAAACCAUAAAAAUCCAUGAUCUGAAUAAGUUUGUAUCAUUUUCUUGAAACAAAUAAAAUGAAGCAACGUUA